GCAAUUAUUACAUCACAGAUCGAAGAGAGAUAGUGUUCGAGUAAGAAGCUAGCAUAACAAUGUCGAAGAAGGCAGUGCUGAUCGGCUGCAACUACGAAGGCACCGAAGGCGAGCUCAAGGGCUGCGUUAACGACGUCAAACGCAUGUACGCGUGCCUCACCGAACGCUUGGGCUUCGAAGAAGACAAUAUCGAGGUUCUGAUAGACGCCGACGAUUCCUACCCUGAUCCCACCGGAGAAACCAUCCGCAGGGCUAUUACCAAUCUGAUCCAAAAUGCCGAGCCCGACGACGUGCUUUAUAUUCAUUACAGUGGACAUGGGACUCGCCUUCCCGCCGAGACCGGCGACGAUGAUGACACUGGAUAUGACGAGUGCAUCGUCCCUACUGACAUGAACCUAAUCACUGAUGAUGACUUCAGGGAUUUUGUGGAUGAGCUGCCGGAAGGUUGCAAGCUGACUAUUGUGUCCGAUUCAUGCCACAGCGGAGGCCUAAUUGAUGAAUCUAUAGAGCAGAUAGGCGAGAGCCACGUAGAGAACCAGAUCGAAGGAGAGGAGCAAGAGGACCAGCAAGAGUCUGAGGACAGAGACAUCAGGAACAGAGACCUGCCAGUCGAAGUUCUGGUAGAGAUACUCAAGCAGAAAACAGGAAGGGAUGACCUUGAUGUUGGGAAGCUGAGGCCAACAAUUUUUGAUGUUUUCGGAGAGGAAGCUAGUCCCAAGAUGAAGAAGUUCAUUAAGGGCAUGAUAACCAAACUCGAGAACUAUGACAAUGAAGAGCAUGACGAGGAAGAGGAAAUGGAGAUGUGCAUGGCUUUAGCGUUUCUUAAAGAGAAGAUCGAAGAGGACGAAGAGUGGGCAAGGCUAGUUAUGGAAAUAGAAUAUGAGAACGAUGAAGAGAUUUAUGCCGGACAAUACCGUGGUAUCAUUCCCGAUGGCGGGAUUCUCAUCAGUGGCUGCCAGACCCACCAAACUUCUGCUGAUGCAAAUCCUACAGGAGAUCCAGACGAAGCUUAUGGAGCUCUUACUAAUGCAAUGCUGACCAUACUUGAGGAAACAGACGGUGAAAUUUCAUACCAAGGCCUUGUUUACAGGACAAGGCAGAUUCUGUCAGAAACGGGUUACUCCCAGCGACCGGGGCUUUAUUGCAGUGACCAAUACGUCGAUACUCAGUUUUUGGGCUGAUCUCAAGUCAUUACUGUAUAUUAUUUGAAUAAUGUCGAGCGAGAUGUGCUUCUGCUGCUUUUUUUUUU